AUGGAGCCCACAGAGACUCCGCCCACCCUGGAGUGUCCCUGUUUGGAGAGUGGCGAGAACAGCAGUGACAAUUCUGAGACCCCUGCUCCCUACCCUCGUCCUGCUCCCAGUACUCUGUCCCGGGAGGAAGAGACCGAGGAGGAGCUGCCAGAAUGCCGCCGCCGGCGGCGCGCGCGCUCUUUCUCGCUGCCCGCCGACUCCCUCUUGCAGGCGGCUAAGUUACUGCAGGCGCCGCCGGCCGAGAGGCUAGGAGCGGAGGGCGGCGAGCUGACGGGAACAGAGUUGCCCAGCCUCAGCAGCUGCUGUACCAAGUGCAAGAAGCGGGUGCAGUUUGCUGACGCACUGGGACUGGACCUGGCCAGCGUGAAGCACUUCAGCCAGGCCGAGGAUCCACAGGUGCCGCCCACUGCGCUCGCACGCCUCCGGAGCUUCCCGAUGUGCGCCGAGGACCUACAGCAGUUCGAGGAGCUGCUAGCAGCAGCGGCGACGGCGCAGACCCCUACGCCCCGCACAGCACCAAACCUGCCCCGCCUGAGGCCGCUCUUCCAGCUCCCGGAGCCCCGCGCAACAACCGAGCUCCUACGGCGGCAGCGCGUAUGCCUGGAGCGCGUACACUGCUCGGCGCCCGGGGGCGCACAGGUGACCGGCUCGGGCCGCGUGCUUGGCGGCCCUGGACCGCACGCUGUGACUGUGCGCUACACCUUCACCGACUGGCGCUCCUUCCUGGACGUGCCCGCCGAGCUGCAGCCCGAGUCAGAAUCGCCAUCAGAGGCCGCCGGGCUGGACCUCGGGGAUGGCGCAGACGAGCCGGGUGCAGAGCGCUUCCACUUUUCUCUGUGUUUGCCGCCAGGCUUGACACCGGAGGACAGCGAGGACACAGACGCGUCCCAGCCCGCUGUCCACUUCGCCAUCCGCUACCGCUGCGCGCAGGGCGAGUACUGGGACAACAACGCGGGCACCAACUACACGCUGAGCUUCACGCGCCCAUCGGACGCGCCGUGA